AUGUCAUCGGAACAAUACGAAACAUUCAAGCUUGGAGACUGGGAGCUCCAGAGCGGAGAGAGAAUUCAGGAUGCUCAUAUCGCAUACAAGACAUUCGGCGAUCCCAAGUCUCCAGCAAUCGUCUAUCCAACUUGGUUUUCCGGAGCCAUCUCCGACAACUUUUGGUUGAUCGGAGACGACAAGCUCCUGAACCCGAACAAUUUCUUUAUCAUAGUUCCAGCCUUGUUCGGAAAUGGCCAGUCCUCUUCUCCAUCCAACCAGCUGAGCCCAGGGUCAUUUCCAAAGGUGUCAUUUUACGACAAUGUGCGGGCGCAGCAUGAGCUCGUUACCAAACACAUGGGCAUCACGCAUUUGCGCGCCGUUGUCGGUUGGUCUAUGGGAGGGGCCCAGGCUUUCCAAUGGGCCACGCAAUAUCCUGACUUCAUGGAUCUUGUGGUCCCAUUCUGUACGUCUGCGAGAACCUCGCUGCACAACCAAGUCUUCAUUGAGGGUGUCAAAAGCUCUUUGAUUGCGGUAAAGAAGAGCCGCUCUGCGGGUGUUGGAAAGAUUGGUCUUGAUAGAGAGGCGCCAGAAGCGCAUACUUGGACAGCUGAGGAGAAGGAUGUUGGUCUCAAGGCAUUUGGCCGUGCGUAUGCGGGAUGGGGAUUUAGCCAGACUUUCUACCGGAACAAGUUGUAUGAAACCGCGCUGGGUUUCAAGGGACUUGAAGACUUCAUGGCCAACUUCUGGGAGAAAUGGGCUUGUUCUAAAGACCCUGAAAAUUUGCUAGUCAUGCUGCAGACCUGGCAAAAUGGUGAUGUCUCGCAGCAAGCACCAUACAAUGGGGACUUUGAAAAGGCGAUGGCGUCCAUCAAAGCAAAAGCGCUGGUUUUGCCGUCAAAGACCGACCUUUACUUCCCACCUGAAGACUCGGAGUAUGAGGUUGCUUGCAUGACGCCAGGCAUUGGAACACUGGAUAUCUUCCCUUCGAUAUGGGGUCAUUGGGCAGGAGGUCCAGGCGAUAGUGCGAAGGAUGUAGAAUGGCUUGAUGAGAAGCUCUUGCAAUUCUUUACAAACAACCGAGAUAGCGUCAAUUCUUUGGCCGAGAAGCUUCAAAGCGCGCUCGAUUGA